AUGUGGAUGGAAAGCUAUGAGAAAUUCUGCGUGCGGAGUGUGGCCACGCUGCAGGAGGAGGGCAAAUUCAAGAAAACGACAUGUGAGCCGACCGUGAAGUACUCAUCUGUCAUCCUCUACUGUGGGAAAGCUGUUCUGUCCCCUCUGUUGAAUGCAGAGCAACGUCAACAAAUGUGCGACCUCAGGCGGAGGGCCGUUCAGCUGGAAACGGAGCGGCGGAACCAGCAGAGGAACAAGCCUUCCGCCCAAGUUCGGGACAUACCAACAAAUUGUACGGUGCAGUCACAAGAACGCACGGGGUCCGGUCCGGUGCCACUGGAUAAUGAAAUAAAAGUCAGCAGCAAACCCACUUAUUCAAGAUUUGGACUUCAAACUACCGAUCAGCAAACUACUCCUAUCCUUAAUGGUCUUAUCGGUGGGAAUGGGGCAGAGGUUGAGACAGAAGAAAAGAGUGAUGAAGAAGAUAUUAGUAUGGACAGCCUUCUCAAACAAACAAAAGAAGACAUCAGGAGAGAGUCAAGUAAGGACGGGAUAAAAGUUGUCAUUCCGAAACUUUCCCCAGAGCUCAUCUCGGAGAAAGACAUACCAAGUCCAAAGAGUGGUGUUGAAUUUGGUUUUAGUUUGCACCGUAGCCCUGUUGGCCCUUCUAAAAUUCCCUUCCCUCAAAAUCUAGAUUUGACCCAACCAAAACAGUCUAUAUCACACAGCAUUCCUGAUCAGAACAUUCGAUACCAGACCCCAGAGUCUAGAUUAAGUCCCCAGGUUCAGAAACGUAAACCACGGCCGUUUUCCACGGGAAACAUCCACAUUGUGUUCCCCGGAAUACCAGGGGAAGGAGCCGGGCCAUCUGAUUGGGAAGAAGCGCUCUCUGGAGCUGCAAGAUCCCCGGAUCGCUCCAACUCAGUAUCAAGCAACGGUUUAGGUCUUCUUAACAGGCGGGGGAGUCAUCAAUCGGGUCAUUCUGGCAUUAGUCCAAUGCAGGAAACUCAUAGCCCCGUGAGUCCGUCAUUGCCUAGCCCGCUUGGUCAACACGACUGCCUGUCUUCGACGUUCCGCCGGCGCUGCCACACCAUGGACAGUCACUUGCACACCGACCAAUCUGAUAACAUUGACCGCAGUCAAGAAAGGACACCUCGCUUCAUGGCGGGAGUCACCAUGCGACCUUCGAGUUGGCGCAACUCUUCCACUUCCUCGAACAAGAAGUUAGAGAAUCCAUCCCCGUAUUUGCAAAGGCCUCACAUUCCCCCUGAAGUUAGUCUCAGAAUGGAGCCUGAUGAUCCUCGAGGGUCUCCGAACGAGACCUCAACAGCUUCGCUCAGACAUGUUCUGGAGUUGCAUAGCAAUAACAUAGAGGAGACACAGAGACGAGCGCAGGUUCUGGAGGACAUGCAAAGGCGUCUGCAGGAAGAACACGCUUUGCAAAUGUCGCUGCUCCUUGCCGAGCAGGAGAAAGAGCAACAACGCCUCCUUAUGGAGCUUGAAGAGACCGAAAGAAUACUAAGGGAGCAGGAGAACGCGAAGCUCCAGAACCUGGAUACUUGUCAGUGGAAGCGCAUGCCUGUGAACAAGGGGCUUCCAGUUGUGAGCCCAUCCGCAUCAAAACCAGGACAAAGUAUAGUCUUCAGUUUUCCUAGUCCCGUUAGUCCUAACAUGACCUCACCUUCUCCUCAGUCCCCCAUCUACCUACGAGGGCCCACUUGGGCACCUCCCAAACCUCAAGCAAGGCCCAAUCAGGUUCUGAAAACAGAACAACAGAUGGCGUUGUGUCGAAUCGGCGCGAUUGCUCGUGGCUUCCUCGUGCGCAGACUGCUCAAAACGCACAAGGUUCAACAUCUGCGUCAGACCAUUAUGGACACACAAGAGUUCAUUAGUUCAUUCCAGACUGAAGGACCACAGAAGAAAACCACUUUCUCAGCUCAGGAUCUUUCCCUUCAGGACAGAGUUCGAGCCCAGUUGCGUGCGGCUCUCUACGACAUCUAUGAAAUCUUCUUUGAAAUUCCUCUGGAGGAUCGAUUAGGACUGCUGCAGCAGGAUAGGGAGCUCUGUGCUGAGAAGAGACAACGUGACAUGGAGAAAGCCAAGAAGGAAAAGGAGAGAGUGGUGUCUGCUGCCACACUAAGGUCUUUGGACCGAAAAAAGAGGGAGGGAGAGUCUCCCGGGCAGGCACGAAAGGUGAUGCAGAAGCCAAAAAGUCCCACUCCCAUCAGAGUUCAAAAGUCCAGCCAAGUCCAAAAAUGUGUUCCAAGCCAGCUCAACCGCCAGGGGAGCUGGUACAAAAAGACCCCCGAAGCAAGAGUGAAGCGCACAGACAACUUGAAGAACCUGAAGAAGCAGCACUCUUUAGGCUAA